UUCAACUUUGAACUAACGCGCGUAUUUAUCGAGGGUUAAUUGUCAGGCUAGUCACCGAUGACUGUUGCUGUUUGUAGCAAUUGCACGGCCAACGUGCAGAUAUCCGCAGGUCGGUAUGUAUACAAGUACUCCCAAGGAAUAUCGAGACUGGCUAUUGCCACGAUACCUACCGCCUUUUAGCCCCCCACCCUCCAUUGCCGUCGACAAUCAGUCGAGUCGACAACCAAAGACUGGUGCAGAUAUACGUCAAGAUAUCAAGGAAGUGAGAUGGCUGGUAAACCGACGCGGGGUGUUAUUCAAACAAUCUGGAAACAUUUCACAGAGUCGCUUAAAGUGCGUAGAUUUAAAGGAGAUUUAGUAGGUACUGAUCACUUUGGUACCAAGUAUUAUGAAACACCACUACAUGCUACAACUUCAAAAACAAAACCACCACGCUACUUCGAGCCAGUGGACAAAGAUGACUUUCAGCAAGAAGUACCUGCUGAGUGGGAAGCGUGGCUAAGGUAUCGCAGAAAAGAACCACCAUCAGAAGCUGAGGUGUUGAAAAAUCUGGCACUGAUGAAAACUAAGAAGACAAAUGCAACCGAAUUGGAACGUGUUGUAGAAGCUUCAAGAUCCUCAAAGUCAAAAACAGCCCCACUGCCAGAGGCGAUUGGAUUUCCAACUUACAAAGAAUAUGAGUAUCCUACAGGAUUCAAGAAGGAAAAGGAAUGAUGUCAUUGGUGUGCAUGUGUAAUAGUGUUUUUCACUGGCUACACUCCAUACUGACUAAGUGUGAGUUUCCUAAGAUUGCACUUCUGCUAUUGUUUGAAAACUGGGAAAAUUACACUUAGUGUGUGUGAAGUGCAACGAGUGAAUAAUAUUAUGACUUUAGUUUAAUUCUUUAGCGAAUUGUUAAAAUGUGAUCGCCGAUUGUUUUCGUAACCUGUAUAUAAUAUUAUCAAUGUUAUGUAACAGUUGUAGGUAAUAAUUUGUACAGUCACAAGAGAGUUGAUUGGUAAAAAUCAAUUGUUCACAGUAAAUUCGUGUCAAUACUCGUUUUUAAUAGAAAGCAUAAUUCCAACCCCUUUAUCUUUAUUCUACCUGAUAUUGUUCUCUUACUCUGGAGUUGAAUCAAGAUGUUGAGUAAUCAAUACAUGUUUUAAAAUGCAAAACAAUUUAUUGACGUUAAAUAUGCCUCAUUGUGCAUUGCGAGUAGUACAUUCGAGCGAUAUGGUAUAAUAUUAUGUAUCUACGUACCAAUUACAAACUCGAUUGACUACAAAGCGUGAGAAUCCAUCACGAUAUACUAAUUAAAAAUUCGAAUUUUUUAUUUCAGGAUAAAUAUGUAUGGCUCACGGUAAAGUUUCUCACUCGAUUUGCGUUACUCAUUUGUAAACUUCAUCGCAUCUAACUCAUAGUUCCAUUGCAGCUGCACUCCUGAUAAUGAGUGCGUGGUUACAGCAUAGACGUGCCAUCGUAAACUUGAACGGAAUACUGCCCGCUUCGGCAGAUCCGCCCAGUCAAUCGAGAAUGAUUUAAUACAAAUUUAAAUCACAAUACAUAAAUGAACUCUGCAACUUGAACCAUCGAUCCUAUCGCUUUGUAUAAA